AUGGUCCGCUGGCUCCCUGCGCGCCGCGAGCGCCAGGACCCCUCCGCUCGCGCCGAGUCCUCGGAAAACGACGACGAGAAGCAGAACGUGCCGAGAUGGAGCUUGGGUAUCUUGAACGAUAGAGAAACAGACGAGGUCCCAGGCUCUGUUCUUCUCCUGUCCAAAGUCAAUCAGCGCAACGAACCCUUGGGCCUCCGAAACGCUCCCGCCAGAACCUCGUCCUCCUCUCUGCCUUCCAUCUAUCCCCCUCCCUCCAUUAGAAGUGCCGCUUCCACUCGCACCGAGAAAAAGCGAACCCCAGAUGGCCAGAUCAUCCUCGAUCCCCAGCCAGAUGAGUCACACAACGAUCCUCUCAACUGGCGUCCUGUCCGCCGCGACGCUGCGCUGCUGUCCCUGGGAUUCUUUUGUAUGCUGGGCGGCGGUAUGACGCCAAUCUUGGCUGCUGGCUUCAACAACGUUGCCGAGACAUACGACGUCUCGACCGCUAGCGUCGCCCUCACAACCGGUCUUUACAUGUUGGGCCUGGGCCUUGGUAGUGUUAUCGCCUCCCCCACUGCCAUUCUGUACGGCAAACGCCCUGUCUACCUCUUCGGUGUCAUUUUGUUCAUCCUGAGUUCAGUCUGGUGUGCCUUGUCACCCAACUAUGUCUCGCUCUUGAUAGCUCGCAUCGUUCAGGGCGUUGCUGUCUCUCCGGUCGAGUGCCUUCCCUCUGCGACCAUUGCUGAGAUCUUUUUCCUGCAUGAGCGUGCUUAUCGUCUGGGUGUUUACACCCUACUGCUUUUGGGUGGCAAGAACUUGGUGCCCUUAGUCAGCGCCGCCAUCAUCCAAUCACUCGGCUGGAGAUGGGUUUUCUGGAUCGUCGCAAUAAUCGUUGGUUUCAGCGGCGUUUUGUUGUUCUUCUUCGUGCCCGAAACCUUCUGGGACAGAACACCUCGCCCUCGUCGCAGGCACCGCAAGUCCCGAGCCACAUCGCCAGCCGGUCGCUCAUCCAAGCAUCUUGGCGACUUCUUCCACAGCCAUGCAAAGUCUCCGGGACCAUCUCAUCCAUCUCACCCAGACUUGAAUGACGUCAACGAGAAGCUCAAUCAGUCGACGGACAUGAAACUCACCCUCCCGGAGACUCCAGGCUCCAUGGGCCCGAGAAAGCGACACAAUCCUCAUGCUCAUGUCGGAUUCGCCGAUGAUAAGCCCGAGGAGAAUGCCGAGAACCCGGCACCCAAAUCUGAAGAUGCUGGACAAGACGCUCCUGAGAUUCAGGUGAUUCCUGCACCGUCCGCCGAAGCCCAGGAAGAGUCUGAGUCGAAGGUGGAAACCCACGGCGAGGACUACUUCGGUCCUGAUGCUGAGGCGCAAGACAAGAGCGAUGCGAACCAACAGCAUUCUGCCCUUCCCGUUCGCUCCGCUCUGAAGUCUCCUGCGCUGUCUGCCCCGCACAGUCCCCACAUGUCACCGCCCCUCUCUGAGAAGCCUUCGCUUGCGCAUUUGGGUCCUGAUCUCGAGGCUGCAUCGGGAACAUCGACACCCCACCCGCCCGUGUGCCACUAUACCGAUCGUUACCGUGAGGGUCCGAAGAAGACGUAUCUCCAAACUCUUGCUCCUUAUUCAGGCCGCUUGUCCCGCGACAACUGGUUCCGCGUCAUGGCUCGUCCCUUUAUCCUCUUUGCAUACCCAGCUGUGCUCUGGAGCACCGUCGUCUAUUCUCUUUCCAUUGGCUGGCUGAUCGUCUUGUCCGAGUCGGUCGCUCACAUCUACCGUAACAGCGAUUCCUACAACUUCACCGCUUUGCAGACUGGAUUGAUCUACAUCAGCCCGUUCAUCGGCGGCGUGCUGGGUACAGCCGUUGCUGGCAAGGUCAGCGAUGUCAUAGUUCGAUGGAUGUCAAGACGCAACGACGGCGUUUACGAGCCCGAGUUCCGCCUGGUCAUGGCAAUUCCAAUGACGAUUUGCACAGUGAUUGGUCUGAUGGGCUUCGGCUGGAGUGCUGAAGAGAAGGACGCUUGGAUCGUGCCAACUGUAUUCUUCGGUAUCAUCAGUUUCGGUUGCUCUCUCGGCAGCACAACGUCCAUCACAUUCUGCGUCGAUUCGUAUCGUCAGUAUGCAGGUGAAGCCCUGGUUACACUUAACUUUUCGAAGAACGUGUUUCAUGGCUUCAUAUUCUCCCUAUUUUUCACCCGUUGGCUUGAAGCCGACGGCGCCAAAGAUGUUUUCCUCGCCGUUGGCGGCAUUCAGCUCGCCUUCCUCGUUUUCACCAUCCCCAUGUACAUCUACGGGAAGAGAGCCCGCAUGUGGACGGUCCGGAAGAACAUGAUGGAGAAGUUCUAA